AUGGCCGAUAUCCCCGAGGGUGAUUACGAGAAAGGUAAGAAGAUAUUCAAGCAGCGGUGUCUGCAAUGUCAUGUCGUUGACUCUAAAGCGACGAAGACUGGUCCCACUCUUCAUGGAAUCAUUGGGCGCAAGUCAGGAAGUGUUGAAGGCUUCGACUAUUCUGCUGCCAACAAAAACAAGGGAGUAGUAUGGACGCGUGAAACAUUGUUUGAAUAUCUUCUUAAUCCGAAGAAGUACAUUCCUGGGACGAAGAUGGUUUUCGCUGGUUUGAAGAAAGCUGAUGAACGUGCUGACCUCAUUAAGUAUAUAGAAGUUGAAUCUGCCAAACCAUGUAGUUAA